AUGCAAGCACAUCCAAGAGGCCUCAAAGCCAAGUUCGGCCUUUUCGGAAACAGGAAGCAACCAAGCCUCCCAAAGCCCCCUUUCUUUGUUCGAUCCCCACUCCAACACCCGCCUCCCCUCGCUCCCCGCAUCCCCCCCGUGCAACCUCGUCCCCUCUCUCCCCUCCCUCAUCUCCAUCCCGUAACCAACCCUCCUCUCGCUCCCAUCCGCCCUCGCUUAGCAGUACCCCCCAAAAGCCUGGCAGCAAGGAUGGCAAUAUCAUCAGCAGGGGCAGAUGCAGCAGCAGCAGCAGCAAGAGCAUCAACAGCGGUAGAUGCAGCAGCAGCAGCAGCAGCUACAGCAGCAGCAACAAGAGCAUCAGCAGAGGCAGCUGCAGCAGCAGCAAGAGCAGGGAGGUUUCGGAGAACAAGAGAAGCAAGAGAAGCAGGGGGAGCAGGAGGCGCAGGAGGUGGAGAGGGGGCAGAGGGUGCAUCAGGGGCAGAGAGAGCAGGGAUAGCUGUAGCAGCAGCAAGAUUAGGGAGGUUGGGGGGAGCAGGGAAAGCGUGGGAAAGAGGGGGUGCACAAGGUGCAGGAGCAAAAGCAGCAAGAGCAGGAGCAGGAGGGGAGAGAGGGGAAGAGGGUGGGAAUGUGUUGAAGGAACUGCUUCGAGUGGACACUCUAUCUCUAAAGCUGUCACUGUAG